AUGGACAAGGUGAAGAAGUUGGUGUCCCAACGAGCGGUGGUAGUCUUCAGCAGCAGCUCAUGCUGCAUGUGCCAUACUGUGAAGAGCCUCCUCCAUGACCUCGGUGUCAAUGCUGCAGUACAUGAACUUGACGAGGAACCAAGGGGAAGAGAGAUGGAGACGGCGCUUGCCGUGCUUGUGAGGUGUAAUCCUCUGGUGCCACUUGUAUUCAUCGGAGGCAAGCUGGUUGGAUCUACAGAGAGGAUCAUGUCACUGCACCUUGGUGGUGAAUUGGUGCCACUUCUUCAUGAGGCAGGUGCUCUUUGGGUCUGA